AUGCCACAACUUGGUCAAAAUGCACCAGCUGAGAUAGAGGACAUGCAACUCUUUGGAGGUGGUGGACUGCUGAGCACAGAUCAUGAAGAGAGCUUCUUCGUGUUAGCGGAAGACUUGGACGGCACGCGGUGGAAUCUUCAUGAGGCCGAGGCGUGUCUGGAGAUCCAACGGUCGGAGCGUAUGGUGCUGCGGCUGGCGACCAGCUUCAUCAGUGUGAAGCAAGCUUAUCUGAACUACCAGGAGGAGCUGAAAGGCCAAACGUGGGAGACGCUGAACAGUGAGGCCAAAGGACAGUGGGAGAGCUUGCUCUCCAGGAUCCAGGUGGAGUUCCCGAAUGCCUCCCGUAGCAACGUCUUCUACACCAACCUCUACCGGGGCAUGCUCUUCCCCCGGUUCUUAGGCGAGACCGAUGGAGAAGGCCAGUUGGUUCAUCGCUCCGCUUAUUCCAAGAGGAUCGAACCUGGGCAAGCGGUGACUGACCAGGGCUUUUGGGAUGCCUAUCGAUCUCAUUAUCCAAUGCUCAGUCUGAUCUUCCCGGAUGUGCUGGGCAAGAUAAUGGAGGGCUGGGUAAAUGCUUACAAGGAGCUGGGAUGGCUCCCCACGUGGUCUGCCUACAACCAAAGGGCCAUGAUGGUGGGCACCAUGGGCGAUUGUAGCUUGGCGGACGCCAUCGUGCAAAGCCACCAAGGCCUGCUGCAUGGCUUCAACAGCACUGCUGCCUAUGAGGCCAUUCGCCAGGAUGCCUUCAAGGCGCCCUCCUUUGCAGACUUAAAGCGAGGCCUAGGGCGAGUUGCUUUGGAGGACUACAUUCAACGCGGAUACGUGCCCAGUGACAAUCUGGACCUGGAGAUGUUCGCCCAAUACCAAAGCGCGAGCUUGACUUUGGGCUACAGCUUGGCGGACGCAUGCAUCGCGCCAGCGGCGGAGGCCAUGGGAGAGGCUCAUGUGGCCAAAGCUUUGCGUGCGCGGGCGCAGAACUUCAGGCAGCUCUUCGAUGUGAAGUCCCUCUUCUUUCGUCCCAAGCGAUCCAACGGGCAGUGGGACGGUCCGCUGUACCCCUUCCGCUGGGGCAACGGCUUCACGGAGGCCAGCGCGGCGCAGGCGCGCUUCGAUGCGCCGCAAGAGGUGGAGGGUCUGAAAGAAUACGUGGCGCAUGAAUCGACCAGUUUGGGGCGCUGGCGGCGAAACGUUCAGGAACUUUAUGGUGGAAAACGCAAGUUCUGCCAGAAGCUCCGUGAGAUGUUUGAGGAGCGAAAGGCCAAGUUCGAGGCCGGGACCUAUGGGUGGAUCCAUGAGAUGUAUGAAGCCAAGAUGCUGAAAUUUGGCCUCUAUUCUCACAACAACCAGCCAGUGCACCACGUUCUCUACGUGGCGCAGCUAGCUGGUUGCCGAUCCUUCGCGGAGCGGAGGCUCCGACAAGUGAUGAAGGAGCUCUACACGUUGCAGGGCUGGAUCGGCGAUGAGGACAACGGAGAAAUGUCCUCGUGGUAUGUGCUCUCGUCUCUGGGGCUCUUCAGCCUGGUGCCUGGGAGCGACGAGUUGGUGCUCGGGAGUCCAGAGGUGAAGAACGCGAAGCUUUGGAUUCCCGGCCGCCCCGUGCUCGUGAUCCGGGCCGAUCAGCAGAGUAACAGCGCCAUCUACGUGGAGCGCGUGACGUUGAACGGGAAGGGCCUCCCCGACCGGAAGGCCCGAGCGGGGCAGGGAGCCUUGAGCGCUUCGUGGCGGGAUUCACAUGACGUUGUGGUAGGACCACGAGGCAGACCAGUGCUACGCACCAGGAAGACCAGUGCCAGUCACCGACCAGAGAAAUCUGACGAGUCUCCUCGGGACAUCUAA